CCAGAUCUGGUUGAUGUUCUUGUAUCGCAUGUCCGACCGGCUGGACACAACCCUAAAGGUGUGGAAACUCUGGUGCAAUUAAUUAAUUGCUCGAGUUACAAUGUUCUUCGUACAACAACUUCAACUGUCCGUCCUCUGUCCCGCCCCAGUUUGACAGACACUGUCUCAAAUUGCUUCGGAACUGGGAGAUAGGGCAUUGCAGGGGCUAGACACAGAGUGGACUACGAUCGGCAACUGGAAUUUGAAAGAUCGGACCGAUUCUUGAGCCCGCUUUGGAAAUCGGUUUCAAGACGGGAGCUGGAGAUUUUGCACAGGAAAGAGAGAUUGAAGUCAUGAGCAGGAGGGCCAUGGGGCAGCUGGUUUUUCUUCUGGUGGGUCUUGUGGUCUUUGUGGACCGAUGCUCUGCUUAUGGUCAGGGCGACUUUGUUCCCACUUCUCGGAAGGGCCAAUAUCACAAUAUGCGUACGGACUGGAUGGAUCAGUUGGGACGUCAUUGCCCACGCUUCGGAAUUGAUAACGAGGUCGUGCUGCCACUUCCCAAGCCCACAGGCUACACAGGAGCAGAUCCUUAUAAAAUAUCUUUGCAGUUUGGGAGUGAGAGAUACCAAACUCCAUGGCUAUUUGUCGUUGGCAGACAAUCCCCAGAAGUCCCCAUGAUCGAUGUAACCUUGCGGUAUGCAGGAUCGGAUUUCCUGGGCGCUACAGCUAAGGUUGUGAACAUGCCCGAAUCAUAUCUAAAAGAACACGCUUCAAUCAAGACAAAUUUUUGGGAGCCAAACAUGUGGCCGAAGCAUGUCCUUGUACGAUAUGUAUGGGAGGAAAGCUCCGAAAUUGAUGUUGCUGGUGGCCUCUACGUACUUUUUGGUUCUGGGCUUGUUUUGACUGUUGCCAUGGCUCUUCAUAUACUUCAAUCGUCGAAAGAAAAACUAUCAAGAUUCAUAAAAGAAACUGUGGUCGACUCAGCAAUGCCUGCAGAAGAGGCUAAGGUCGAAUGAUCUCCAAAUCUGUGCCAAAGACUCCAUUGUGCCCAAGUGUCGGAGGGGAGUCUAUACUAUGCACUCUCAAAUGGUAAUAUUCAGCAUAGACUCCCUUCUAUAUCUAGUUUUCAGCCGAGUGAUGGGGUCUAAUAGAACUUUCCAAUUCUGUUUGGGAGCAGGAUGCAACAUUGACUUCACCAAAUGUAACAAUAUGCGCACUUUAGGUGUUACUUACUUUUCAUUCAGAUAGUGCCACUCCUAUUGAGUCCGGCUUCAUAUGCUAGCCACAAGUAUUACUGUCUACAGAACGUUUCAUACUUCUUGCCAUUGCAAACAUUCUCAUUGUAAUCUAACCAGUGUUCGGUCCAUGCAAUGCAGCAUAAAUUAUGAACUGUACGCGAAGAUCACCUGACUUUGCAGUUGACGUAUCAAUUCGUGCAUCCAGUUUGCAGUUUAGAUUCUCUUAGCUGCUGCCAUUCCUGGCUUUAAUUUGCAAUCGACUGAACGGAAAGUAAAACAUGUAUUGAGAAUUCUUGUGCACCACUGGAUCUUCUUGACAUGGCUAUUAAAGGUGUUUGUCGUAAGUGAUUAUACACAUUAAAAAACUGAAGUGACCAAAAUACAGAAAGAAUUUUUAAAAAACUAGUGCAAGCAGAUUAGCACAGUGACUUGAAAAAAGAUGGCGAGCUUGAUUCAUCCCAGGAACAAGUGGAAAAUACCUGCCUGAAGGGUGUUUCAAGACGGUGCUAAUUAAAUUUACACGACACAUGAAUGAAAACAGUAACUGUGAAAACAAUGAUAUUUGCAGUACAUAAUGAUACAGCGGGGCAUUAUAAAUCCCCUCCAUUCAAUUCCAAUUCUACAAAGGGAAAGGCCAGGGGGCCGUAAAAGCUUCAUUCCCUCGCCUCAAGAGUCACCGGUACUUUAGAUAUUUUAUCUCCUCGCAGUAUCUCUACCUCCAC